GCAUGGUGGCGUUACUAAUUCAAUCCUCUCAAUCAUUUACAAAAUCGCUUUGAGUGUUCAGCCAAGCGUAGCAAAGCGUUCUCGAAUCUCGUCUUCGUGUAUCGUGUUGUCAACAAAGCGAUUAGAAGAGCUCGCCUUCCGCUCUCCACUAAGGAUAAAAUUUUCGUUUUUAAACGAUACCAUUUAUCAACGAAUUAGCUCUUAUCAGCAUGGUAUAUAGCACAGCCAGAGUAUCGAUUUGCUGCAAAUGUAUAGGCUAUUAGCAGUCGGUUAUUGAGACAUUUUGAUUUUUGAAUUCGUUCAUAACGGCUGGCCAAAAAAAAUGGCUCUUGGUGAAGGAAAAUGUGCAAGCGAAGGUAUUACAAAGGUAUAUGCCGAGUGGAUAAAGUCAUACAUCCCAGCAUGCGACGUCACCCCGGCAACCACUCAAGAUUGCCUGAGGGAUGGCCAGAUCCUAUGCAAGCUAAUAGAGCUCACCACAGGCAGCCCAUUGGUGUGUAAUGAUCAAGAGCUAAAUUCUACAGAAGCCAGCAACUUAAAAGUUCAAACAGUUCUUGACUUCCUGGAAAUUAAUGGAAUAGACACCAAGAAUAUAUCUGCUGAUGACAUAGCAGAGGGGAGCUUGAAAGAAACCUUGGAUCUACUAUGGAUUAUCAUUCUCCACUUUGAUGUUCACACAAAAAACCGAGCAGCGUACCAGCGAUCUGUCAGCAUGGGGAAGAGGUUUCUCCUUGAAUGGAUUUCUCGAGAGCUGCCAGACACAAGUAUUGACACGAAGGGAUUCUUCAUGGACACCUUGCAGAGUGGGUCAUUUCUUGCAAAGCUCAUUGCUAAAUAUUGUCCUCUUGAGGAGGAUGUCACAUCCAAAGAGGUUCUUCAAGCCAAUGACCUGAGGAAAGUGUUUGACGUUGCUCAGAGAAACCUCGGCGUCCCUAAUAUCUUAAGCGCGUCAGCGUUGCUUGAGGGCUGUGCCGACGAAUACUCGCUUCUUAUCUACCUCGCGAUACUACGAAGAAAGAUUUGCGAGGGAAAAGGCGAGGAGGUUUUCAAAGGAGGAACUUCCCCAACCAAGCGAGCGCCCCCACACACUCCGGACAGAACACCAGUGGUCACCCCCGUUAAGUUGACGCCGGGCAAGAUAAUGAGCCACGCCCCCAACGCUCAGAUUACUUCACCGCUCUCUCCGAACACUCUGCAAAGUCUUGUUGAACAGCAAGCGAAGUCACACGAGGCGAUACAGUCACUCCAAGAAAAGCUGCAAGCUGUCAAAUAUCAACCGCUAACACCAAAGUUUAAAAAGAAACCUUCUCAGCGCCGGAAGUCUCUGGAAAGAUCACCGGUAAAAACUGAGAAAGAUCGCUCACAACAACCAGAUGAUAUGAAGACUGCGGACUGCAAUGCGAACUUUUUGAGCGCCGAAGAGCCUAGCGCUCGGCGGCAAAUUGAUCAACUUUAUAGCGCAGUCGAUCGGAGAUUCCUAGAGUUUAUGCUUGAUGCAGUGCACAGGGGUUAUUUACCGGUGGGCUUCGGCGCAAGUGAAAGCGUAUUGAGUGUACCUACGAGUGGAAAGAAUGAGGUUAAGUCUAAACCGAGCAACGUGGAUGCGAAUAGUAACAGUGAUGAUACGGGAUUACAAUCAGAUCCACCAACCGCGAUUAGAGGGGAGAAAUUAGCAAAGGAAGGAAAUGUUGAUGAUGCGCUUAGCAAAGGGCGCGACAGUGCGAGCGAAAAUCGCCAUACAACCACCACCGCGAAGAGUUCUGUUAAUGGAGAGGAGAGGGGUUCUAGCACAAAUCACAAGGGUGAGAACGUGACUGAACAACCCAAGGAAGAACUAGAAAUGCCGAGCGCGGAGAUUCCGCCUGGAGGCUCUACCGUAAACGGCUCGAGCAGUCAUGUGGAAAUCGAACAAGACAGCACAACCGCGAGUACAUCACGUCUACAGUCCGACAGUGACUUGAAUUCAAAGUCGUUGUCAGAGUUAACGGACGUCCAAGACACUCAGCAUAUCGAUUCUGAUUCAACAGGGGUCAAGGAUAAAUCACAAAUCGAAGAAGAGUUUUAUGAUACUGAAGAGGGUCUAUAUGACGACGACAAUGACCAAUUUAUGAUGUAUCUGAACUCUAUCGAGCAAACAGCCUUGAAGUACAAACUUCAAGUUGAGCAAGCCAAGAUCGAUACCUUACAGCUCUUAAAGGAGAGGCUGGAAAUGGCCUAUGAGGGCACGCCAUUGGAGCAGAUCCCGGCUAAAGUAGAGCAGAAACUACAUGAGACAAUCGCUGAAAUUGCCAGCGAGGAGGUUCAGAAAUACGAGAAUUUGCUCAAAGUGGAAGAGGACUUUGACGAGGCCGAAUCUGAUAUAAUUCUUCAGAUGCGCACGCAACUCGACAUGCUCGCACAGGAGAAUUUCCGACUUCAAAAUGAACUGGACGCGAAACGAAAUUACGAGGAGGAGUACUUCGAGUUGCGGCAGAGAAUGCAAGAGGCGGAGGAUGAGAUGGCUUCAAUGAAACACGAAUACGCGACUAAAACGGGCGAGAGCGAUUUCCUCUCAGAGAGAAUUGAGCUAUUGGAGAAAGAAAUUCUGGAUAUGAGAGUUGAGUACGAGGGACAGAUUCGCGAGUUACAGAAUGAAAACCUAGACCUUAGGAAGGAAUGUCUCGAGCUUGACAAUGAAAACAAGAUACUGGAAGACGAGGUCAAACAAUUGAGUGAGGGGAGUACUCCGGAGGGGAAUGAUUUGGAUAUUUAUGGUCGUAGCGAAAAGCUGUGUUUAGAUGACGAGGUCCCAAUCUCCUCGUGCGAGCUGGAGGCGUUUGAGACGCGUUUGUCGGAUCUUGAGCGUCAGAACAAAGCGUUAAGAACUGGUGCGAGCGCGGAUCAAGCCAUGAUCCAGUGUCUGGAGGGUAAGAUAAAUGAUAUAGAAGCCGCGCUUGAGGAAACUAAAGAGAGCAAUAGCAGCAUGCUAGUAGAGCUCCAUGAAGCGCAGAGACAGAAUUCCUCAGACCGCGCCAAGAUCGCUAGCUAUAAGGAAGAGAUAGAGGCUCUGAGACAUGAGAAUAAGGUGCUCAAAGGAACGCUAGAAAUCACCGAAGGCGAAGUCAAGUAUCAAAGGGAGCACACUGGUAGGACACCCAAGGGGAAGAGAAAGGAAAUUUGGCGGGAGAUCCGUGAGCUUGAAACCAUUCUCAAGGACGUGCACAAAGAGAAGCGAAAUAUCGAGAAGAAAUACCUCGCGUUUCAACACGAGAAUAGGGAGCUAAGUCGAUCCCUGAACUCCAGUAGAUCCCCCACGGGGCUAUCCCCCAACACCUCGCCUAACAGGGGAAUAGGUAUGCUCGUGGUGUCUCCUGGGAAGACCCGCACUGCGUCCUUACUUGAGCGUGUGAAUAAUUUACUAAUGAAGACAUCCAUGCCUAAUGGAGUAAAAAAAGAACUCAAUUCUCCUGUAAGCAGUACCGAAAGUGAUGGGGUUCCUGUGUACACAGACACCCCGCGUAGCACUUCAUUAUCAAGGGACACUAAGCUGGGCUCGCCUGAAAGUGAUACUGGUCACGUGACGUCAGCCGAUGAUAAGAAAUCUUCGCCUACGCGUAGCGUUACCUCGGGGCUCUCGGUGCAGCUCAACUCUUUGCGUAAACAUGUGGGUGACUUGGAGGCGGAGAAGGCGUCGAUCCUCAAGGAGCUGAACAGCAUCAAGGCAUCAAAAGGCGACAGUAGUUCUUAGCGCCAGUGUGUUCACUCUGACAUGGAUAGAAUUGAGCGUCAGGAAAAGGUGGAGCCACACACUCAUCACUGUCUUGACAGUAAACUUCAGGAUCAUAUAAUGUUACGAGAUAUAUGGGGUGACGACCAUGAGCGAACUCCUUGGGGGGAUUCCCAUGUUGACCUGAUAGGGAUGCUCGUCGUAUUUUUUAGGGGUCAAAAUCGGGUCUCAGGUAUUUUUAGGGGGUAUCCGAGGAAUUAUGGGCUUUUCUCUAAGAAAUUUGUAUUUUUAGGGCUUCUGGGGUAUUUUUUAGGGUAGCAGUUUUUGGUGUGCCGGUAUUUUUUAGGGGUAUUUUUCGAAUUUCCCGACGAGCAUCCCCAUCACUUUUACCCUAAAGAGCAAACUAUUUAUCUGGCAGGAAAAUGAUCCAUCACCUCCCCGUCAGAUAUCAAAAUGAACGACUCCUUACGCCCGCUCAGUGGCACAGAAAUGUUCUAGCCAAUCAGGAUAGGAGAAUCGUAGUUUUGAUUGACAAGAUUUCCCGAUGUUAUAAAAUCGCGUCGGAUACAUUGGCUAAUUUCAAUGCUUGUAACGGUGCUUCCUAUGCACCACAAUUGGUUGAUUUCUAUAGCAUUUUUGGGUUGCCACGGUGGCGCGUGUCUGUCUGUAAUGCCUAGUGCACACUAUCGACAUAACGACAUGGGCGCGCGCACUCUUAUCUUCGACAUAACGACAUGGGCGCGCGCACUCUUAUCUUCGACAUAACGACAUGGGCGCGCGCACUCUUAUCUUCGACAUAAGGACAUGGACUUAAUGACAUAAGAGAAAAAACAUGUUUUUUUCUUUUAGAUCAGUAAUGAACGACUCAGUUCAUCCAGGUAAAUUAGUUUAAUACAGUUCUGUUUCUUGGACCAACCGUAAGGUUGAUCCACUCCUCAGUUAAACCUUUUUACAACUGUAACACUGACGUACGUCUACGAAAUUAUGUAUGGUUUCGUGAGAUGCAAAAUUUAACACAAACACAAACUAGCAAUUGAAACAGGCCGCUAUAAAAGUUUACCUUAUGAAUUAAGGAUUUGUGAAAAAUGUGAAAAAAAUAUGGUUGGGGAUGAGUACCAUACCUUAAUGGAAUGCGACUAUGUCAAUGAUAUACGUCGAGUAUUUUUUAAUGAUCUAUUUGCAAUCAAUAACUCUUUCAAACUGUUAAGGCCAAAAUACCUUUUUUUGUAUAUUAUGAGCUUAACAGAUGACUCCAUUACGAGCCUAGUCCUGAAAUUUUGUGAUGAUGUAAUUAAAUAUUAUGAAUAGAGGAUAGGCAUAUAAGCCAACCUACUUUGUAUAUUAUCCUAAUAUACCUGUAUUGGUAUUUAUUGGAAUUGGAAUAAAAAAAAGCUUAUAUAUAAUAUGGCCGUUACAAACUGCGCGCGUUAUAAGAUUGUCAAGCGCGCGCUUGUACGUACGUCAGUGUUACAGUUGUAAAAAGGUUUAACUGAGGAGUGGAGCAACCUUACGGUUGGUCCACGAAACAGAACUGUGUUAAACUAAUUGAACUGAGUCGUUCAUUACUGAUCUACAUAAGCUCCUACAAAGUCGAGCACUAUUUUGGCUCAAGGUGAAAACUUGUACUGGAUUAUUGUUUUUUCUUUUAUGUCAUUAUGUCCAUGUCGUUAUGUCGGGCUGAACAUAGUGCGCGCGCCCAUGUCGUUAUGUUGCUAGUGUGCACUAGGCAUAAGAGAUCGCCAUACCCAGAUCUCCCUCGGGCACUACAACCCCAACGCGCUGUGAUAUGGCAAACUUCAUUUUCGUCGUGCCCUGUCGAGAUGUAAGGUCGAGUUACAAGCGGAGAUUUAACAGUUUCUUAUUCUCAUUGGGCUCUCUGCGACUACAAAAAUGUUCGUGAUUGACCCUAUUUCUUCGGCAGGCGGAAUCAACAAACGACCUGACAAAUAAAUGGGCUAAAGUCCGCCUAUUAGUUGUACAUAUUUACCAGAGAAAGCCUCUAAAAAGAAGGAACAACCGUAAUGUUUUUGUAUUAUUUCUGUACAGCUUAUAGAACUAUAUUAGUUUCACGCCGUAUUGUUUGGCCGUGGUAAUGCAGCCGAGAUUUUGAGUUGGGAAAUUCAUUGAUCGUGAUAAAGGAGAUAGGAUGUUUAUAGUGUAAAGUGAUUAUAUAUUUAUAACAGUAAUUCAAACAAAAUUGAGCAAAAGUGAAAUGUAUAAAUAUAUGUAAAAAAAUGAGCAACUAUUUUCCAUUAUAUUAUUUGAAAGUAUUUUUAUACUUUUAAAAUGCGAAUAAAAAAAUAGAUUCUUAAA